AUGGCCGCGGAAACAGCUUCUCCGGUUACGGCGGAUAAAGGAUUCACGGUGGAUCCUUUUUUGGUCGAGGCUCUUCAAAACCCUCGACAUCGUCUCACGAUUUUGCGGAUGGAAUUUGAUAUUCAGAGGUUCUUGCAGAGCCCUGAUCAGCAGCAAUUCGAGUUCCAGCAUUUCCCAACGUCAUAUCUCCGUCUUGUGGCCCAUCGUGUCGCUAACCACUAUGGACUGAUUACAUCGGUUCAAGAUAGUGGUGCAGAUGGUAAUGGGAGCAGAAUUCUCGUGACUAAAUCAGCUGAGAGCAGGUUUCCUGCUGUUCGACUAUCUGAAAUCCCUGCUAAGCAAUCAGAAGUUGGUAAGUUCGAGCACAUGAAAAUUGCUAUAAAGCCCCGGCCUUCUAAAGGAAUGGGAUCUGGUGAACUUGAGAAGAAGAGUGGUACUCUGAGAAGUGUCGAAGAGAGGAAAGAAGAUUACGACAAGGCUCGAGCACGCAUAUUUAACAGUCUUGAGAACCUUAGUUGUAAUGACGCUUCAUCUGAAACUAAUGCGUGGAGGAUGAACUGUAGUCCUAGCAGAGAUGAAAAUCAAGUGUUGAAGAAUGGUAACAUCGAGGCAGACAAGAACCAUAUCCCCAGGGAGAGCAUUCCCGCAUCUUGUGUUGCAAUCAUAAGAGACAGAGAAAAAGAUCGGUAUGACCCUGACUAUGACCGCAGCUAUGAAAGGUACAAUAGGAACCUCCCGGUCGAGCAAAAUUUCGGCUUUGCACACUUCAACGUUCAGAAACUGGCGACACCAUUCUAUGGUAUGGGAUUUAGCGGAUAUAGUCAAAACCCAAGUGCUCCUCAUCCUCAGAACUUUGGACCACACUCUGCAAUGAGCCCCUACGUCACCACGGGUUUAAACCAGCCUUCAAGGGAUGCUGCUAUGUACAUGCAAUGGCCAAAUGCAGCAGCUGUGAUGUAUACUCAUUCAUAUGAGCACUUCAGAAAUGCCCCUUUUCAGGCGCAAUUCUGUCCACAGCCCCUGAGUUUCGACUACAUGCAGAACCGGUAA